AUGUACAACAUGCUUCAGUGGAGAAGACGACACUGCUGUUUUGCAAAAAUGACGUGGAAUACCAAAAGGUCUCUGUUUCGCACCCAUCUUAUUGGUCUGUUUUCUCUCGUGUUUCUUUUUGCUAUGUUUCUGUUCUUUAAUCAUCAUGACUGGCUGCCAGGCAGGGCUGGAUUCAAAGAAAAUCCUGUGGCUUACACUAUUCGAGGAUUUAGGUCUACAAAAAGCGAGACAAACCACAGCUCUCUGAGGAAUAUUUGGAAGGAUACAGUCCCUCAGACUCUUAGGCCUCAGACAGUCACUAAUUCCAACAACACUGACCUGUCACCACAAGGAGUAACUGGUUUAGAGAAUACACUCAGUGCCAAUGGAAGUAUUUACAAUGAGAAAGGUACUGGACAUCCAACUUCAUAUCAUUUUAAGUAUAUAAUAAAUGAGCCCGAAAAAUGCCAGGAGAAGAGUCCUUUUCUAAUACUACUCAUAGCUGCAGAACCAGGCCAAGUGGAAGCUAGACAAGCUAUUCGGCAAACGUGGGGUAAUGAAAGCCUGGCACCGGGUAUCCAAAUUGUUCGCAUUUUUUUGCUGGGCUUAAGCAUUAAACUAAAUGGAUACCUCCAACGUGCCAUACUGGAGGAAAGCAGACAAUACCAUGACGUUAUUCAACAAGAAUAUUUAGACACUUAUUAUAACUUAACCAUUAAAACUCUUAUGGGGAUGAACUGGGUUGCCACCUACUGUCCAAAUGUUCCCUAUGUUAUGAAAACUGACAGUGAUAUGUUUGUCAAUACUGAGUAUUUAAUACAUAAGCUUCUGAAGCCAGAACUGCCUCCAAGGCACAAAUAUUUUACAGGUUACCUAAUGAGAGGGUAUGCACCUAAUAGGAACAAGGACAGCAAGUGGUAUAUGCCACCUGAUCUGUAUCCAAGUGAGCGUUAUCCUGUAUUCUGCUCAGGAACUGGUUAUGUCUUUUCUGGAGAUUUGGCAGAAAAGAUAUUUAAAGUCUCUUUAAGCAUCAGACGCUUGCACUUAGAGGAUGUAUAUGUGGGGAUCUGUCUUGCCAAGUUGCGAAUUGACCCUAUGCCCCCACCCAAUGAGUUUGUCUUCAAUCACUGGCGAGUUUCUUAUUCCAGCUGUAAAUAUAGCCACCUAAUUACCUCCCAUCAGUUCCAGCCUAGUGAACUCAUCAAAUACUGGAACCACUUACAACAAAAUAAGCACAAUGCCUGUGCCAAUGCAGCAAAAGAAAAAGCUGGCAGGUAUCGCCAUCGUAAACUGCAUUAA